GUUGGGCGGCGCAUGCGCGUGUGGGGGGGAGGGCGGCGAGCGGCGUCGGGGAGCGGUGUCGGUGGCGUUGGCGGGGGCGUCGGGAUGGACUGUGACCUCAUGGAGCCUGACAUCUUGGAGGCGCUGGAGGACCUGGGUUACAAAGGUCCAUUGUUAGAAGAUGGAGCUCUGUCCCAGGCUGUCUCUGGUGGAGCCAGUUCGCCUGAAUUUACCAAACUCUGCGCUUGGCUGGUAUCGGAAUUAAGACUGUUCUGUAAAUUGGAAGAAAAUGUGCAAGCAACAAACAGCCCAAACGAAGCCGACGAGUUCCAGCUUGAAGUGAGCGGGCUUCUAGGAGAAAUGAACUGUCCGUACGUUUCACUAACGUCUGGGGAUGUGACAAAACGCCUUCUCAUCCAGAAGAACUGCCUCCUCCUGCUCACAUACCUCAUCUCUGAACUAGAAGCUGCCAGGAUGCUGUGUGUGAAUACCCCUCCAAAAAAAGCACAAGAAGGAGGAGGUAGCGAGGUCUUUCAAGAAUUGAAAGGCAUAUGUAUUGCUCUAGGAAUGUCCAAACCUCCAGCUAGCAUAACUAUGUUCCAGUUCUUCAGUGGUAUUGAAAAAAAAUUAAAAGAAACAUUAGCAAAAGUUCCACCUAAUCAUGUAGGGAAGCCUUUACUGAAGAAACCGAUGGGACCCGUUCACUGGGAGAAAAUAGAAGCAAUUAAUCAAGCCAUAGCCAAUGAAUAUGAAGUCCGGAGGAAGCUGUUAGUGAAACGUUUGGAUGUCACCGUGCAAUCAUUCGGUUGGUCGGACAGAGCCAAGAGCCAAACGGAAAAGUUAGCCAAAGUCUACCAGCCGAAACGCUCCCUCUUAUCGACUAAGAGUACGAUUUCCGUUGCUCACCUUUUGGCAGCUCGACUGGAUUUGUCAAAGAUUUUAAGGACGAGCAGCGGAUCCAUCAGAGAAAAGACUGCCUGUGCCAUCAACAAGGUAUUGAUGGGCAGGGUUCCCGACAGAGGAGGUAGGCCCAACGAAAUCGAGCCUCCCCCUCCGGAGAUGCCACCGUGGCAGAAGAGGCAAGAUGGUCCUCAGCAGCAAACUGGAGGCAGAGGAGGAGGAAGAGGUGGUUACGAACAGUCGUACGGAGGUCGAGGCGGCCACGAACCGGGAGGAAGGGGUGGCCGCGGCGGCUACGAUCACGGAGGACGAGGGAGAGGAAAUAAACACCAAGGAGGCUGGACGGAUGGAGGGAGCGGAGGAGGAGGAGGAGGAGGAGGUGGCUAUCAAGACGGCGGUUAUCGAGAUUCGGGCUUCCAAACCGGUGGCUACCACGGAGGCGGCGGUGGCGGCUACCAAGGAGGCGGUUACGGUGGUUUCCAGUCGUCUUCGUAUACGGGAAGCGGAUACCAGGGUGGCGGUUACCAACAGGACAACAGAUACCAAGACGGCGGGCACCACGGUGAUCGAGGGGGUCGGGGAGGAGGGAGGGGUGGCCGCGGAGGCCGAGGUGGCCGCGGCGGCCAAGGAGGAGGCUGGGGAGGCAGAGGGGGCCAGAACUAUAAUCAGGGGGGGCAGUUUGAACAGCAUUUCCAGCAUGGAGGCUAUCAGUAUAAUCAUUCUGGAUUUGGACAAGGAAGACACUUCACUAGUUGAGGCCACUAAAGCUUACGUUUCAGCAGAGCUCAAAUAAUAGGAAGCUACCUUCAGAGACCUGGCAGAAAUCUUUCCCACUUACUUUAAGGUAUCUUUAGAAUCCACACGGGGCAGACCGACUCCUUUACGGCAAACAGUCGUAGGUGGGUCUGCAGUUCUCGCGUUCGGGGUGGUUUAAUUUUAACGGGCUUAAUUCAUGACGUUUCUUGUUAAAAAGUGUAUUAUAUUAAUACUUUUCACCGAUAUUCACAAAGAAGUCCCUAUAUCCGGUAGCUACGUUUGCGUGACCGUUAGACUAAUUACUCAGUCAGAACAUUUCUGAUGUUUUGGGGGGGAGCAAAAAGAUUACUUGAACCUGAUAUCUCUAGGUAACAGUUUUGAGAUUUUCUUAAACAUCCUGGUUGACAUUUUUGAAGUACAGUUUCGAUUUCUGCUCCGUAUCGGCUUGUAUUUUUAUCCAGACGGAGGUCAGACCCACCUCUCCGUAGAACGGGUCGGUGUUUUUCUAUUAUAUGAGCUCUCCUGCAGAUGUCACGUUCGGUAGCCUUAUCCUCCGCUAACGGAAAAAAAUUGUAUCAUACGCUCAACUCCGAAGACCUUGAACACCGCCAAAAUCGGUAAAGAUCAUUUAAAACGAGCUAAGUUGUGAACUUAUAGUGUGUCUAGGCAUAUAGUUAAAAAGUAUGGCAAUUCAACCUGGCCUGCAUCCAUCUGAAACUAGUUAUUCCUCCUACGACAACUUAUUUUUACUUGAAAUCAGCUAGAAGAAACAGCAAACCGAAACGCGUUUAAAUCGCGCACGUUAAUCCCCCCCCCGGCUCAGCGAAUACAAGACGGUUUGUUUGGGGACGGGGGGGGAAGUGUUCUUUAGGGUGUUUUGUUUUUUUUUUUAACAAGAAAUGCACUACCGUGUAGGGAGAUGAUUUUGGGGUGUGGAGGGGGCGGCCCUUUAUUACUGCUGCAGAAAACAAAAGCCUGGCUGAGUUUGAUGUUUUACCUUUACUUUACUGAAAUCCACACGACGCUUCUUGCUGGGUUUUUGUGUACAUAAACAUUGUCAAGCUGUGAAAGAAAAUGCCCGAAGGUGUGCUUUGUAUGAAAGGUGAGCAAUAAAGUAUAUGUACGUUC